AAGAGCACAUUUCAAAUUUCCUGUCGGGUAGCAUCAUGGGAUCGGAAAGCUUGUUCUAUGCUGCCUCAUAAACUACAAUUCCCAGCGUACCUAUGGGUUGACUGUUGUAUGUCUAUAGAUUGUAAGGAUGGUUUUGAAAUGAAAACAUUUUUUUGUUUUCUCACUUUGUAGGAAUAGAUGUGUUUACUGAAUAGCUUCCUAUCAAUCAAUUGGAUCCUAGACAAGGUCAGAAAAUGAUGCUGCUCUAUUCUGCUGAGUUUGCUAGUAUUUAAGUGUCUGAUUUCUGGCUGUCCAUAUUAUCUUCUUGCAAGUGCCUAUCAACAACAUGCUGUUCCUAGGUUUCUGGCUGCUAACUGCUAAUGCCUCGUAAGAAAAGGACUACUUGCAAUCCAAGAAAAGCCCAGCUAAGGUUCCUGGAGAACCCACAGCAAGGACCAAUUCAUGAAUAUGGAUCCAUUCCGCCUAAGGCAGACAAUCCAAUAUGUGUACCAACCAGACCUCUUGUUGACAACAAUACAUCGACAACCUGGGUAUCUCCACAGUUCGAUCAGAUUGGGGAAUUGCAUUUUCCUGCCCGUCGUCGUUUGAGACACGCUUCUGCCAGUAGCACUUUACAAAGCAGAGACACAAACCGAAGCACUUUAAAAGCACCAGGGAGAAAACCGAGUGUUUGCAAAUUCCCAUCCUUAUCAUUUACAGGCCAAUCUGCAUUUAAUGGGACCACUUCCUUAAAUUCAACCUGUACAAAAAGACUAGCAUUGCCUGCACACACAAAGAGGGGCAAUAUUGUGCAGCAUACUCCUCCGCUGCAAAAGAAAUCCAACAAAACAGUAAGCCCCCCAGACCUCCCCACACCAGAAAUAACUCCUCCAUCAUUAAGGACUGUAUGUCUCACAGAACGAGAGGACAUGAGACAGACCCUUAUCUUAAAUGGGCAAGCUCAGGAAUGUGACAGCUAUGACUCUCCACAGGUAACAAGACCAGGGCAGGUUCUGGCAGAAGAUUCCCCUGAACAUGAAUAUGGGAUGCGUAACACAUGGAGGAGAAGGCAGCCCCUUAUGAAAUAUUUGAAAGCACGAGGAAGGCUAAGGAGUAGCCAGAUCCUUGUGCAACACUGAAAUAAGAGACUAUUAUUUGUAAUGUUGGAUCCGAUUUACAAUGUACACGUGAGCCUGGGAUGUAAAAUAUGUGUGAACGAUUUCAUCCCAUAACCACCAAUUGAAAUAACAUUUUCAGUUAAAGGUCAUGUACUUAAAGGAAUAAAGAUGGAUUGUGACUUUAUGUUGGGUACAAUGUUCAUUUUCAUGUAAUCCAGGAUAUGGAAUCCCUGUUUCUUUAAAACUUGAAACAUCUAUGUAUUUAAAUAUAAUCUUUUGAACUGACAACAAAUCUUUUGUUAGCUGUAUAUAAUGCUUAAAAUAUUUGUCAGAUUCAUUAUCUGUAUGCACUUUUUUUUUUUUUUUUUUUUUUUUUUUAGAGGCAUUAGCCUUUUAUUAUGUAUCCUAUAAGAAUAUAUGCCCAUGAACUAGAGCAAUUAGUUCUUAUUUCUCAACCACUAUCUGCAGUGUGACUAUAACUUAACUUGCAGUAACUAUUAUAUAGAUAUUUCCUGAAGGGCUCAUAGCUGCGGCUUCUUUUGCAUUCCAUUCUCACUGCUAUACUCUAUGUAGAAUCUUUCUGUGCAGUUGCCAAUUAUGUUACAUACGAUAUAUCCCAACAAAAGGUCUGCCGUGAGCGGAGAAGAUUCCGUAGCAACAAUAUUUAGCACACUGCAUAGGCUUUCUGGGUAUAACUAGUUCCUAUUCUGCAGAUGCACUUUGCCUAUAAUAAGGACAGGAACUAGCUUGUUCUAUUUAAACAUGCUAGAUCUAUUGGUAAGUGACUCUUUGCAUCCUAGUGGUUAGGUCCUGUAAAAAGAUGGUAAACUACUCAAUAAAAGAGCUAGUCCCCAUACUGUUAAUGGUCUUUUUGUCGCAUAGUGGUCAAUAAUAACUAGACCCCCUCACACUAAAAGGGCUGUUUACGAUAUUGCUAAUGGACUUGAGAUGUAAAAAUUUGAGAAUUUCAAAAUGUGUCCCAUUUGUGAGUUAAACUUCCUUUUAAUGAUGUUACAAAUGGACCUUUAUAGUCUACUAUAAUUAAUGAAAUUCAAACUGUUAUACUGUUAUUAAAGACAAGAUGUCCUACAUAAGUUUGUACACUGCGUUCUAUAGAGUAGAUCCUUGCUCUAAAUUUUUCCAAUUGUUAAUCAUUUCCAAUACUGUUAAGGAAUAGUAGUAUAUAGGAACUAAACUACUCCCAGUGACAGGUUUAAUUUAUAUUGUGCAAAUGUAGCCAGUAGGGAUGCACCGAAAUUUCGGCCCCAGAAACGUUUUUUUUUUUUUUUUUUUUUUUUGCCUGUUAUUUUCUGUAAAAUUUAUUGUGUAGCAUAUUUCAAAUUUGAUGCUAGCCUAGAGCUGUUUUUAGAAUUCAUUACUUGACUUAGUGUUUUGCAUAUAAUAAGUUUUCUAGGACUAUACUUUAUUUGAAUAAUUGGUUAAAAAAAACAACAACAAAAAACUGUUAAAUCUGAUUCUGUUACACAGAACUAAAUACAGAAAAAAUGUAAAAUGUUUUUUUUUAUUAUUUUUAAAAAUACAUUUUCGGUCAAGUGCAUCCUGGAUUUUUGGAUUUGGUUUCUGUCUGGAAUUUCCAUUUUGGAGCAUCACUAGUAGCCAGUUCUGCAUAGUGGUCAUCAUGUUGUAUAAAGGUUGUGCCACUUAGACUUUUCAGAGUAACUAACAAAGAUUAUUCCCACACUGGUAAUAUGGUUAUUGGCUUGUAAUGGAUGGUUUCUUUAUAUGGAUGAAAACUAAACCACACAGACUCAGUUCUUAUAGUGUUACCAAACCGUUUCCCUCCAGCAAUUAAGAGUUGAACAUUUCAGAUAUAUUUCUAACACACCUAAAUGACUCUUUACAUCCAGAUGAUAGAAUUGUUCCUGCUUAAACUUGUGAGUCUCUUACUGUAUCUGUAAGACCAAUUGCUUAUAUUAAUACCUCUAACAUAAUUAGUUUUGUAUUGCUAAAAGAGUAAUGGGCUGUCAAUGAUGUGGAAAAUGGAUGGAAGGAAUUGGAGUGCAAGAAACAAAUUUAUUAUAAAGAUUAGUAAUUUAAGGGUUACUGUCUAUUUACAGGGAAACAGUUUUUUUUUUUUUUUUUUACUGCAACUGAAAUCUGAUAUUGCUCUAUGUGUACAACAAAGUGGGCAUAAAGGGACACUGAACCCAAAAAAAAAAUAUUUGGUGAUUCAUAUAGAGCAUGCAAUUUUAAGCAACUUUCUAAUUUACUCCUAUUAUCAAUUUUCUUCAUUCUCUUGCUAUCUUUAUUUGAAAAAGAAGGCACCUAAGCUAAGGAGCCAGACAAUUCUUGGUUCCGAGCUUGAAACAAAAAAGAGAUCUAUCAAUCCUAAUGGGUCUCAAAAUGCUACUCCCAAAAGAUAUAACCCCUCCUCAAGUCUAUAUCAAAAUAAAAUGAAUCAAUGUACAGUAUAGGAGAGCGCUAAAUCAAAUCCCUGACAGGAAUCUGAAGCUAAUGCGAUAAGAAUGGAAAAUAUAAAAGAAUAAUUGUAUUAAAAUAUUUUUACUGAUAGGGUAUAAUACAACAAUGAAUGAAUGUCGUUUAAAAACAGAGAUUCAAUGCAAAGUCAUAAUUGAUACAGAUAAAUAGUCAAGAAAUACAUUGAAAUAAAACAUCUAAAAUCAAUAACCGGUUAUUGUAUACAAUAAAACAAAAUGAGUAUAAGUUACUCAAGAGCGUUGAAUAUAGUGCAAUGCUGCGAAGGAACUGUGUGCUAGCAAUAAGUCUGUCUCGAAUGUAACAAGUAAAAUCUUAGUUGUGCUAAGUGUCUCCGAUGUGUAGGCUCUGUGGGAUGUGGGACGUGAUGGUCUCUAAGGUAUAAGUAGAAAUCUUUUUAUCCAGUUAAGCUCAGACAGCGGUCUUCUUUGCAGGCUCAAUAACUUUACGAAGAGCGUCACUGUGUGCAAAGUAAGAUUCCUUAUUUUUCGUCCAAAAAGGCAGGUGCCUGUGAGUGUUUUUGUGAUUGUGGGAGUAUCACUCACCUAAUACGUGUCCAACAGGGAGACUGCUGAAAUAGCAAGUGUAGACUUUUGAGGGAUCUCACUUUGGUGGGCCCAAAAAAGUCCUCAGAGAGCUCCAAUGGGGGUAAGUGGUGAUGAACUCUGUAGAUGAUGGCAAUCUAUGUAGUUACCCACUAUGUGGGUGUCAGGAGUUCCGUUUUUGUAGAAUAUCUCUUUUAGCCCUCAGGAUAACUCUAUCUCUGUCUGUUGUCGGAUUGAAACAGCAGCAGAUCCAAAAUAGCCCAAUUUAGGCAAACGAUGGUUUGUUUUGUGACAGGUUAGCACAAUAGUAUGAGGUCCGUCCGUGGUGGCUGCAGCAACAUAAUGCCAAGGAGUAAUCUACACAUAUCAGCCGUUAUGGCCUUUAUCAAGAUACUCCUAUUGGCUGUUGGUGUCUUUUAAAUACAAAGCAGGCAAGCAAAAUGGUUCUUUUCAUUGGUGUAUCGGUUGCACUUCUUAUCCAAUUGGAAUAAUAGUAACAGAUGUAUUCAACUGUGUCAGUUGCAUCGAGUAACAGAAUAAGAGGAUAGUUCUUUUAAACAUUUAUGAUAGAAAAAUUUUGCAGUAAAUAAAUAUAUAUCUGUCAUUUCUGUAUAGGUUUAUGAUUUUGAAAGACAAUUGGAUAUUAUUACAAGUGUAUAAAAAAAUGAAUAAAAUUAAAGCUAAAGAUGA